CGGGCUGGCCGCAGAAUAUUUUUUUUGCAUAAACUCCACGAUAAGUCAGAAGUCGCAUCCCUAAAGGUCAGAGGAAAUACGAUGAGGCGAAGCGAGCGAUAACUAAUAAAGGCUAGAAGCUUUGGUCAAUCUAGUGAGACACCGCGUACACGAUUCGCUAAACUGUGAAUCUUAUAACAUGCUCGAUCAGAGAAGCGUGGUGUUUGGGGCUAAGAGGGACGUUAAACAAGGAAUGCUUGCGUCGCCCCGCUGAAGGAGUUGUCCGUCGCGCUAGAUCAUACACCUCAAUGAGAUCCAAGGUUGAGCAACUUCAUCAGCAUACAUCUAUUACCAGCUGGGUAGUAAUAAUCCCUUGAGGAAUCAUUAGAAUCUCUUGAUGUGGAGUAGAAGGAGUUUAAAGGUGAGUGAGUUGAAUAAUGAUAAUCCUUUAAGCAUCCAGCUAGACAUUUACUCCAAUUGUAUAUUUUCGGAUCCUGAGUUUAAAUAUAUUAUCGUCGGUAUGUAAUAGAUAUGAUCUCAACCCCAGCUCAGGCGGUAGCUAUGGAGACAAAACUUAUCUCAACAAAGCCGAGCUGAAAGCUAUCAUAAAAGAUGCUAAUCACUAAUAAACAUCCUGUGAAGUUGUGUGGGCAAGUGGCUUAAAAUAGGCUGACAAGAAGAAGGAUGCAUCGACACCAAUAGAAAGAGAAAAAGUAUGGGCUAACGCAAGUACGAAAUCAUCAAUACUUAAGGUUGCUUAUUAAGGAGAAAUACAAGUUUUACCCCUAAGUGAUACAACUGAAAUAGCGACGAUGCUGCUCGAAAAGUGCUUAUAAUGUCAACAGACCACCCAAAUUUUGAAGUAGAGGUUGAGAGAGAUCUACGACUGCUACAAUUGCGUGUACAACAUAAUAAGAAUCAAAGAGUACUGACUCAGACAUCGAUUACGAAUUUGUUGAUGGUGCUUCACGCCACGCUCUCAAGUGAAAGAAGUGCUUACAGCUUACAAUUUUUCUCAUCUGAUAUCAGUGGGUCAAAUAAGAUGGACGAGAAUAACAGCCUGGACAAGGACUAUCAAGCUACUGUCUAUUGCAAAGAUCGAAGCUUCAUACUCAUCUAAAAGUUAUAGACCCAGUAUAGCAAUCAUUGAGCAAUUAACGACAUAUAUUUAAUACUGAGCUUGAGCUACUUUUUCACCAUACUGCACUCGACUUAUUAUUGCGCAAAACUUUAUUU